UGACUGAAGAAAAAAAAAGGAAAAUAGAAGAGGAUAAAACCAGAGGAAGCAGACACCUGCCAUCUCCAAUUUCCUCUUCCCGAUACUAUCGGCUGGAGCCAUUUUCCGAAACACGCAGCGAUACCCAGACCCAGAAAGACGACCAACGACAACUACCCAACUCAAACCUCAGGGUUUCUUCCAUUCAUACUUCUUACUAAGAUGACGCCGGUUUGCCCCUUUGUGAAGGCUGCACGCCCCGAUGAUUCGUCGUCGAAGAAACCGGGGGAGGUUCCGAACAAGCAUGGGGCGGAGCACGAUGGGAAGACGAAGAAAGAGUCCGGUGACUCUGCUAGCAUCUCUCCCAAGUGUCCCUUUGGAUAUGACUCUGCCAGUGCUUCUCCCAAGUCUGGCAGCAUUUCACCGAAGUGCCCCUUAGGAUAUGAUUCUCAAACAUUUAAAAUUGGCCCUCUUAGUUGUGUUUUGUGCCAAGCACUUCUGUUUGAGAGUAGCAGAUGUGUGCCUUGCUCUCAUGUAUAUUGCAAAGUUUGUAUUUCCCGCUUUAAAGACUGCCCAUUGUGCGGAGCUGACAUUGAGAAGAUUGAAGCUGAUACCAAUCUCCAGGCUGUAGUUGAUCGGUUCAUUGAGGGUCAUGCUAGAAUUAAGAGGUCUCAUGUUGACGCAGAAGACAAAGAGGAAGAAGUGGGUGACGAUAAAAAAGUGAUAUAUGAGGAUGUAUCGUUGGAAAGGGGUGCUUUUUUGAUGCAGCAUGCCAUGAGGGCUUUGCGUGCCCAGAAUGUGGAAAGUGCCAAAUCAAGGCUCAGUCUAUGUGCAGAAGAUAUCCGAGGUCAGAUAGAGAAAACAGGGGACACUUCAGAGUUAUGUUCACAGCUCGGGGCAGUUCUGGGUAUGCUUGGUGACUGCUGCCGCACAAUGGGUGAUCCUGGUUCUGCAGUUGCUUAUUUUGAAGAGAGUGUAGAGUUCCUCUCAAAAUUACCUACAGAUAAUCAGGAGAUAACACAUACACUAUCUGUUUCUCUUAAUAAAAUUGGAGAUCUUAAAUAUUAUGCUGGAGAUGUGGAAGCUGCUAGGUCUUACUAUUUUCGUGCUCUCAAUGUUCGCCGUGAGGCCAUCAAACAUUAUCCUAAUGUUUCAUCCCAGACUCUAGAUGUGGCUGUUUCCAUAGCAAAAGUUGCUGAUGCAGAUAGGAGUCUUGGAAACGAGGAUGAAGCACUUGAUAAAUUUCAAGAAGCCAUAAAAUUGUUGGAAUGCUUGACAAUAAAACCUGAAGAAGUUUCUCUUGAGCAGCGGCGCUCUUCAGUGCUGGAAUUUCUUAAAAAUCAGCUUUCAGAGAAACAGUCUGAUUAAGCUCGCGGAAUUGAGCUUCCUUCUAGCAGUUCCAUUGGAGAAUAAAAUCGAGCUAAAUAAAAUGGCCCGUUUCCUGUAUAUGUAGGAAAUCAACUUAAUAUCAAAUAAGCUCAAUUUUAGCUAUGGAGGUUGAAUUACUAGGAGAUGGAAAGCUUUCAGAGAAUGUUAGGCAGUCCUGGAGUACAAGUGGGUUGCUUUUGCGCCGUGUGUCUUUUAUAGCUAUACCCAUGUCUGAUUUAGCAUUGGCUCGAGCAGUGCUACAUGAGAGUUUACUCCGCUUAUUUCAAGUGCAAGUUCUCAAACACUUGAAGUUCCAUGUUUCGUGGAUCUUGGAGUCGCUGUCUAAACUCUAAAGUUGGAGUGUCCUUCCACUGCAAUUUUUUCACUUCUUAGAAUUAUCCCUGUGUGAACAAGGAGAACUUACUGUAUAUGCUUUGCAAUCUUGUUAGAAAAUGCCAUGCUAUCCUGUUAGAAACUAGAAAGCACACACGCUUGGAAUUAUGAACUCAAUAAUAUGCUUGGUUUUGCGGUGUGAAAAACGCUAUAGAUCAUCAUUGACGAUGGAUUUGUUGCA